CUACUGCAACGUUACGAUAGCCAACGCCAGUCGUUUGAGGCCACUCAGCAGCUGCAGCGCCAGGAUGGGCAGUGGACUCAAUUCACUACCUCUCCCAUGCUGCCUUCGGGGGUUGAAGUUAGCCAGCAGCGUCAUCACGAACAGCAGCGUCAAGAUAUAAGGCAGACCGCGUCUACUGUCGGACUCGAUACACGUCGGGACCAUUCUCGUCCUUCGUCUUCCUCGAGGGUUGAGUUGACCCAGCAACACAAGCUUGAGCAACGCCGUGAGCAACAGCACCAGGAUUUGCAGGAGAGCGAGCACUCUGCCGAGGAGAGAAGUGACCAUGAGGAACAAGAGGAACAGCUUCGUGAGGGUACUACAGAGGGAGGGGAGGCGUUCACCGCUCUUGGACUCCGCGGAGGUUAUCUGCACAGCCGUGAUCGCGACGAAAAUGAGUACAAAUUCGCAGAGAGAACAAAGAAGGGGAAGAAGGAGAAGAAGGAGAAGCAUCGCGAGAACGGAUCGGCGAUCAAGGAGGUCAGCCAUCAGAGGAGCUCCAGCAGCCAUCGGAACGUCGAGAGUGGAGCUUCCGCGUCAGAGGGGAGAACCCAGGAACAACAACGUCCUGGGACUACUCCCGUUCAAUCAUACGCACAAGCGAUUCGGGGGCGGGUGUCUACCCAGGGAGCAAUCCAGGGCCACCAAUCCGACACGUACCAUGAGACCUCCGGUCAGCAAAUCGCCACCGAGCGCCCGCCUCAUGUCUCGCAGGCGUCAGAAUCCGGCGCUACCCGUGCCCGAUACGAUCAGACCACAGGCACCCUACCAUAUGUCGCAAUGCCUUCACCCACCACUGGAGGCUACAUCUCUCAGCCGGCCACACCAGUUGAGCAGUGGACUUCGGGUGGACACCUCGCGAACGUGGGCGCCCCACCUUUGGGCGCCGAAUUAAGCCAGACUAAGUCCGAACAAUUUUCCUCUUCCCAGCCCGCUGUCCAGGAGUGGGAGGCGCAGCAGGCACAAGUUGAAAAGACCCAGCAUCAGCAACGCUAUCAGGGAGCAGAGAUUGAACACCACACCGCGCUCCCGGUGGAAACGACUCAGGAGAGCUACAGCUCCCAGUCUGCCGUUGAGGAAUGGGCGUCGGGACAACAGGCUUCAGCUAAGCAGUAUAACCAGACCGUGGAUGCAGCCCAAAAUGCGCAGUCCGAGCAUCGCCAGGAAACCCAGACUCUGGCGGUUAUCCCAGCCUCCGCAACUGGCGGAUACAUCUCUCAGCCGGCUUCAGCCGUUGAGCAGUGGACUUCGGGCGGGUAUCUCGCGCACACGGGUGUUGAGAACAGGGCCGUCGAGCCACAGGAACGUCACCAGGACACCAUCCAGAGCUCACAACCUGCCAUUUCGGAGUGGAAUCAGCGUACGCAUCAUCAGGUUGCGGAGACUUCUCAGACGACGUCUGAGGCCCGAUAUGAGCAAGCCACCGGCACUGCAGCAUUUGUUCCCAUGCCUGUGCCAGCCACCGGCUACAUCUCGCAGCCAGCGACGCCGGUUGAGCAGUGGACGGCAGGUGGAUACCUCGCGAACACUGGCUUUGAGCUUCACAGUGCCCAGUCGGUACAAGAUCAACGAGAACGUACCCAGCCCGUCGAUGUUGCCGCUUCUCUACAGAGUUCCCAGCCUGCCGUUGCGGAGUGGAAUGCGCGCCAGGCAGCUCUUCGGCACACUAAAUCAGAACAGUACGAGCACCACCAAACUAUGGAGAGUCCAGCAUUUGUCCCUCUGCCAGCGGAGGCGACCCAGAGUUACACCUCCCAGUCUGCUGUUCAUGAGUCGGAAGCACGCCGGUCAGCCGUCAAUGCCCAAGCCAUCCAACAUCGGAUCGAGCAAACCACUGGGACUUCAGAACAUACUGAUAUGCCGAUGCCAACCACCGGGGGCUACAUAUCUCAGCCGGCAACGCCUUCUUACGAAUGGACUUCGGGCGGGUAUCUUGCAAAUGCAGGUGCCGAGCUCCCCUACAUUCCCCUGCAGACCACGGAGACCGAGGAGUACGAGCGUCGCCAGGAUAAUGCUCGCGAGGAUGUUGUCACCCGUGUGCAAGCGGAGCGCAGCUACAGCUCUCAGCCUGCAGUUCAGGAAUGGGAAGCGAAGCAGGCCGAAAAUCGCGCCGCUCAGUUUGCCGAAGGCCUUUCAGAGCGAAACCAGAGCACCGAGACAUUGACAGUUAUGCCUGCGCCAGCCCAGACGACUGGAGGAUACAUCACUCAGCCGGCCGCGACUACCGAGCAGUUGACUUUGGGAGGAUAUCUCACGAACGCGGGUGCCGAGCUCACCUACAAUACUGCGGUCGAGACAACCGAGAGCUACAGCUCUCAGCCUGCCGUUGCGGAAUGGGAAGCGAAGCAGGCAGCUAUUCGUGCCACUCAGUUUGCGCAAGGACUUUCAGAGCGACACCAGAGCACCGAGACAUCCGCAGUUGUGCCUGCGCCAGCCCAGAUGACUGGAGGCUACAUCUCACAGCCGGCAACACCCUCUGAGGAAUGGACGUCGGGUGGGUAUCUCGCGAACGCAGGUGUCGAGCUCGCCUACAAUGCUCCUGUCCAGACAGCCGAGAGCUACAGCUCGCAGCCGGCGGUUCAGGAAUGGGAAGCGAAGCAGGCAGCUAUUCGUGCCGCUCAGUUUGCCGAAGGCCUUUCAGAGCGAAACCAGAGCACCGAGACAUUAACAGUUAUGCCUGCGCCAACACAGACGACUGGCGGCUACAUCACCCAGCCUACCACGACUACCGAGCAGUUGGCUUUGGGAGGAUAUCUUGCGAAUGCGGGUGUUUCCAGCUCUCAGCCAGCGGUUCAGGAAUGGGAAGCGGAGCAGGCAGCAAUCCGCGCUGCUCAGUUUGCUCAAGGACUGUCCGAGCGAUACCAGAGUACCGAGACAUCGGUAGCUAUGCCUGCGCCAACGCAGACGACUGGAGGCUAUAUCUCACAGCCGGCAACACCCUCUGAGGAAUGGACGUCGGGCGGGUAUCUCGCGAGCGCAGGUGCUGAACUUCCUUAUGUACCCCAACCAGCCGCACUCGAGUACGAGCGACACCAGGAUACUACGCCGGCACAGGGAGGGCGGAUCCCCAACUCUUCGACUGCCGUGGAGGAGUGGAAUGUACGCCAGUCGCAUGAUGUCCAGGCCGACCAGAGCCAGCACGAGCAACGCCAGCACAGCGAGGCUGUUCCUGUAAGGCCGCGGCCCACCCAGAGCUACAGCUCUCAGCCCGCGGUCAUCGAAUGGGAAGCCAGGCAGCAACGGUAUGCCGACCGCAGCCAGAGCCAGACGCAGCAAUACAUCGCAGACGAGACGGACCAGAAGACGCCGCGCCAAUACCCCGCCGACAUCCAGAUGCCAUCAUCCACCGCUAUGAUGCACACCAGUCCCUUGACCACUCCGGUUGAGGAAUACACGACAUCUGAGCCAGGCUGGGGCGCAUCAAUCCCCCUUUCAUUCUCACAGCCCAAUUCCGAGGUUUCUAACACGCCGUCACGCCGUCAACGCCGCGCUUCGUCUGCCUUCAGCGACACCACAACUGCGGCUGAAUCUGGAACCACCUACUCCGUCAUUUCCCGCGGUGCGGCUUCGACCGUGCUCACCAGCAUCGAUGAUCUCGAAGCCUUCGAGUGCCGUCGCGAGAGCAAGAGGGAGUACGACGAUAGUACGGACUCCGAUUCCGAUGGAGAAUUGUCAGGCGAGGAUGUGGAAGGAGCGUCUCUCGCAGAAGGCCAGCAGACGGCUCAGGGUGAAGAAGGCCCGAAGUUGGGUCUCCGUGGAGGAGAUGCUGGCCAGGGCCGACGUCGUCACCGCACGAAGGAGGAGAAGGCAGCUAGCAAGAAGCGCCGCGAAGCACGUCGCGAAGAGAGGCGGCUCAGGGAGGAGCAGGGAGAGGGGAAGCAGCAAGUUCGCCGGAAGAUCUCUCGUUCACAAACCGAGGUCGUCGACUCUACCUCAAAGCCUACCAAGGAGACGCCUAAGCAAUCUGGUGGUGACGGUAGCUGGAGUCGCUUCUUAGGCAAGUUUGUCAGCCCCGCACCCACCACCGCCGCCGUCGCCGUCGCCGCCACCAAGGCCAGCAGCCUUCGCCGCGUCAAGUCCGGCUCCGAAAAGUCACUCAAGAAAUCCACCUCGGACAUGAGCCUCAGCGAUAAGCUCGACAGCAAAAUUCAAUUGCAGCGCGACUCAUCUACCGAGAGCUGGCAGGGGGUACAGAAGGACGGCGAGGAGAAGACCAAGAAGAAGCGCCGCAACAGGGAAUCGUCGGUUUCCUCCGAUGUCGGAGACACUACUUCGGCGGAACGGACGCCCGGUCGUGUUCGCUCUGCUUCCGGCACCGUCACUCUCGCCGAGGAUCUUGAUGGGCUUAUUGCCAAGUUGAAGAUCGAGCGCACUGAAGAGGAGCAAAAGAGUUUGGGACUGAGAGGUGGCGAGCUGAGGGAUGAGGGGAAGAAGAAUAAGAAGAUGGAUAUCCUCACAUAUCUCGAGGAGAAGGAGAAGCUACAAGAGCGCAAGAAGAAGAAGGCGCUGAAGGAGAAGGAGCGAGCCGAGCGCGAAAGAAAGAGGGAGAAGAAGGAGAGGAGGAAGAUGAGAAAGGAGGAGCAGAAGAAGGCCGGUGAGGCAGUGGAAGAGUCGUCGUCUGAGGAGGAACAAGAGGGUGUUAAAUUGGACGACAACGGCGCUGCCGAGCUAGUCGAGGACCUCAGUGAGAGCGACAUCGACGAGGCCUCGUACGUCCAGGCGAAGCAGCAGCCUGGCAACAACGGUGUUGUCCUCCCCGGCGUGCAGAUUGGAAUCCAGCCGGAGCAUAUGGAAGAGGAGGAGGAGGAGGGAUCUAUGGCCAAGAAAGCCAUGAAGAUUGCAGAUGAGAAAAAGGUGAAGAAGCUCUCUGAUGCUACUGCUACUGCCCCCUCCUCGUUGCACGAAGAUGAUUUUGCCCUGGUUGCAGGACGCAAACAGGAGGUUGCGGGCAACAGGAGUGGUAGAAAAGAAGAAAAAAAGGCAGCUGUACAGGGAAAGUUGAGGGGAGGAGAUAGAUUGUCAGAUGUUGAAGAGGAGCAGGAGGGUGGAAAGUUUUCUCAUGUUUUAGAUUUUGUGCCCGUCAGCAGUAUUAAAUCGGCCGGUUCUUAUUAUGUUUCUUCGUCUUCGACGUUACCUGGGGAUUUGCCAUCUGUUCGUUUUUCGUUGCCGGGCGAGACACAGCCUGUCUUGCCAGGUCAGUCACCUGCAUUGCAGAAGCCCUCCGAGGUCGUCUUGCCGGAGGGAAAGCCUGAUGUUUUGAAGUCUUCCAGUGUGUUUCCUCUCUGUUGAUUGUAUUACCGGCUAUUGCUUACGAUGUAUUAGUACAUGAGAUCAAAUUGCCCCAG